GCCGCCACGGGCGCCUGAGGGACACAGACACGAGCACUGCCACCCACAGCGGGAUCGCAUCCUGAGGGACACGGGCACCUGCGGCGGGACAUGGGUCCGAAAAAAAAGGAAAAAUCAAAGAAAGGAAAGGAAGCAAAGUUGAAAGCUGAAGCCCUAUUACAAGCUCAACAAGAAGAAGCAGAAAGACUUGAAAGGGAGAGACUGUAUCGAGAGCACUUGGAAAAGCUUGAGGCAAAGUAUCAAGGAGAGAGGGAAUCUGAACUAGCAGAACUUAAUUCACUGGAACAGAAGUUUCUUUCUGCACAGCAGUGGAAAAUGGAUUACAGAGAACAAGCCAAGUGGGAGCACUACCUCAGCUGUGAUGGGACCCCUGACCCCACUGUACCUCAGGAAAUCAACACUUUCAUGAGCUUGUGGCGUGAUGACCAAGAUGAGGACAUUCAGCUUGUGAUGGAGAAGGCGGAAGUGGUGCUAAAUAUGAUUGAGAAGUUGCAGUUUCUUCUGUUGGAGGCAUCACCAGAAGAGAUCACAGACAAACAACGAGACCAGUACCAAGAAGUUAUUCUGCAAUUGCAGGAUCUGCUUCAUCAGAAGUACAAUGAUGCUACACAGAACCUGCUCAAAGUAGCUAAUAUGUAUGAAGAUUCUGAAACUGGGAAUAUGCACACAGUCCUAAAGGAUGAAAACAUUACUUUCUGUAUUUGGGUCAAUCUGAAGAAGAAAGCAAGGUUCAAGAACCACGUGUUCCAGGAGGCAGGGCAUGGCUUUGAGCUGCCCAAGUCCCUGGCUCUGAGCAGCGUGGCCAUUCGCGUGCUGCACACCCGCUACGACCACGUGUCUCCCCUGUGGGUGCAGUGCCAAGGGCUGCCAAGGCAGGAGGCCUCAGACAACAUGGAGUUUGCUGAGCAUCCAGAAGACACUGGGCAAGGACCAGGAGAAGAGGAGGAGAAAGGCAGGGAAGAACCCAGCGUGCCUGCUGCAGAAGAAACAGGUUCUAAGGGGAGAAAGGAGAGUGCUGCCUCACUGAAACAAAACAGCAGUAACACAGAUGAUAUAAAAGAGACAGAGGAGGAAACUGAGAAGAAUUCAGACGUUUUGGAUGUGCCGUCACAAGAAGAGGAGGCCCUGCUGCAGGAGGAGCCAAGAGGCAGAGAAGAGGCACCAAAAGCUGUGGAUUUGCAGCAGCUGUUGCCCUUGGGGGGUGUGUACCACAUUUCUGCCCUGCAGCUGCCGCCCCAGGCCCAGGACAUCGGGGACUGGAGCAUGGUGGAGCUGCUGGAUGUUGGAUUGGAGGUGUAUCCAUAUUCCCCAGGAAAGGCUGAAGAUGGCACACAGGAAGCAGUACAGAUAACCCUGAGGCUCCCUGAUAAUGUGAUUUAUUUUAAAGUGCCUGUGGUAGCCCGAUGGGAUCCUGCAGGCCAGCAGUGGAGAACUGAUGGCAUCAGCAAGAUAACCUAUGAAGCAGAAGAAAAGAGCAUCACCUUUAGCAUGGGUGCCUUUUACACAGUAGCCCUUCUCCAGGAUGCUCACCUGAAUCUGCCCUAUCAGGCCUGGGAAUUGCACCCUGCUGGUGUGGAUGAAGGGCUCUUCACAGUUACUGCAGUCUUUGCAACCAUUCAGAUACAAAUUAAGGAUAAUCAGUGUAUGUUGUCUUCAGUAGUGGUGGAAGAAGAGGAGAUGCUUUCCCACAUCACAGGAAAAUGGAUGAGUCCUUUUGCCCUCAGAGCAGCUUUGAAAAGAGCUGGAGUGAACAUCUUCCCAGCAGAGUACUCUCCCAAGUACGUCCCUGUGCCCAGGAAGGCUGCCCUUGCAGAAGUGAAGGCCUAUGAACAGAUGGCUCUGCUUGCAGCUGCUUUUGCUUUUGCUCACAGCAAGUGGAAUGGAGAAGCAGGGCCAGAGCAAGUUGUGUUCAAGGUAAGGGAACAUCUCACAGCAGGGUCUGCCAAAGACAACGACUGGUCUCUUUUUAUGUUCAAUGGUGAGAAAGUACAAAACCUCAAGCUCCCUGAAACCAGUGAAGCUUUUUCAGAAGAGCUGGAAGAAGAGUCUGAAUUUCACUCCACACUCUACCACAUGCUCAAGGAUUCUGCCAGCAGUGAAGCCAUGGAUAAAGUGGAAAGAGCUGGCUUCCUGUUUAUUGAUUCUGUGUAUCAGCUGCUCCUUGCUACCAGAGUUUUAGCAUACUCUUAGAUACUGCAUGCAUGUUUCAAGUUUCCUUUGAAACUUUAUUAUCAAAAGCUUUCAAUAAAGUUACAUUUCAAGUCUUAAAUCCUUUUCUAUUCAAAACACUGAAAAAAGGUUCUGAAAUGCAAACAUUUUAUCUUUGUUCAAGCAAAAUAAAUUCUUUAUUCAAUUGUGGCUAGACCACCUAAACAUGUUAGCUAUGUUCAAAAUUGCUGUUCUACUGUAAACCUCAACAGAACUGAGACCCUUUUAGCUACUUUUAAAGAUUACUUUUGUCAGAAUGAGAAAAAGGGUUUUUUCCAUCUCAAGUCAUGCUUUAAAGAAAAAAAACUCAUCUCCCCUCCACAAAAAAUACCCACAACACAACAAAACAAAUCCAGACACGUAACCUUAAAUAAUGCCAGGUUGGAGCAGGGUGCUGACAAGGCCAGGAUUCUGAAUUCAAUCCCCACGUGGGCCAAUGACUUAUCACCAUUUGACUUGAUGAUCCUCGUGGCUCUUUCCAACUCAGAAUCUCCUGUACUCCGGAAAUAAAGAGCAAACAGCUUUCACUGGC